AUGGCGAUUAAGGCAGCGAUCCUGGUGGCGAUCAUGUCCCUGGCAAUGGCAUUGACGAUCGCGGUGGAGGCGAGGGGCACGAUCACGAGCAAGCUGUGGAGGGCCAUGGAUGUAGAUUUCUCGGGCUAUUGCAGCGAUGAAUCCAUCCCAACUGGGAGCACUUACUGGACGAGCUUGAACCAGACGUUGACGGAUCUCAUCCAGAACACAGCAUACGCCAAUAACAUGACCUAUAGUGUCAAGAAUGGUGGCGACGAUGUCUCAGCCUAUGGACAAGCCCAGUGCUUCAACAUGGUGGGCAACCCUGGGAUGUGCAAAAGCUGCGUCGAGGAUUUGGUUCGUCGGGCUUGGCGUGAGUGCGGUGAUGCCAUUGCAGCAAUGCUCAUGCUCAAGGACAAGUGCACCAUUCGUUACCAAGACUCUCCACUAUAA